CUGCUGAUCUGAGUUGCAAAAGCCUGAAUGUGAUUAUUGUCUUUGGGGAUCGCAAAGUGGCGGCGGCGGCGGCAGGAGCAGCAGACUCACCCUUCACUCUGCUUUUUAUUUUUAUUUUUCAAAGAGGUUUGGGGGCUAAGGAAAGGGGGACCAGGGACACAUCUUCCCCCCCAUCUUCUUAGGGGGAGCAUCUGGGUGCAAGAGGGAGGGAAGGGUAGAUAGGGGCUCCCCCAAAAAACACACCCCAGCCUCCUUUUGAGAGAUUUGGACCCCCCAGGUGCAGAUCCGGAAGCUCAGGAUUUUGGAGAUUUCCAGGUUGUACAGGUGGUGGAUCAAAGGGGUGUGUCUUAAGGCACAGGGUGGGGGUGCAAGACUAGAGAAGACACCCCCUUUCAGACAGGCGUUGAGGACCCAUGCAAGAUCCUGCAGGUAAAUCUUGCACAGAAAGCAGCUCAAGGUAGAUCUCUCCACCACCAGCCCGUAGGUUCUGAGAAAGGAUUUGGAUCCGACAGGUGGGCACACUCCUGAAAAGGCAAGCAGGUGCUUAGAAGCACCUGAACGGAGCUGGCGUGUGUGUCUCCCAGCGAGGAGCCCUCAGGAUCCGGCCCUGGGGAGUUAAGGCACUGCGGGGAGAUGUCCAGGGCUGCAGAAGACCUCACAGCAUCCUGAGCCGGUGAGCUUUGCCAGGAUCGCAACCCGGAGCUGUGGCACACCUGCGGCUGCCCGACAGAUGCCCACCGGCCGGCCGUUAUGAUCCCAGAAGAAGAGAGCCCCCCCGGAGGGGAAGCGGACGCCGACGGAGGGCUCCCCCUCCUGCUGCUGCCCUGCGACGGGGGCAGCGUGCGGAAGGGCUGCGAUCCGUUGGCACAGACUCAGCGCAGCAAAUUGCAGCACCGCCGGGCGCGGAUCAACCUGCAGAUCAACAAGGAGAUGAGGAUGCGGGCCGGGGCAGAGAACCUCUUCAGGGCCACCAAUAACCACAAAGUAAAGGAAACGGUUGCCUUAGAACUCAGUUACGUCAACUCCAACCUGCAGCUACUGAAGGAGGAAUUGGAGGAGCUGAACAGCUGCAUGGAUGUCUACCAGAAUGACAGUGACUCCAUCAGCGUUCCCAUGGUCCCGCUGGGGCUCAAAGAGACCAAGGAGCUGGACUGGGCAGAACCCCUGAAGGAGAUGAUCUGGGAGCACUAUGGCGAGGACGGUGCCUUGUACGAAAGCGAGAUCAAAGACCUCGUGGAGCUGCGGCAGGCCAUGCGCACCCCCAGCCGGAACGAGGCAGGCCUGGAGCUUCUCAUGGAAUACUACAGCCAGCUGUACUUCCUGGACAACCGCUUCUUCCCUCCCAACAAGAACCUGGGGAUUUUCUUCCACUGGUAUGACUCCUUAACAGGCGUGCCUUCCCACCAGCGGGCCUUGGCCUUCGAAAAAGGGAGUGUGCUUUUCAAUAUCGGCGCCCUGCACACCCAGAUCGGCGCUCGGCAGGACCGUACCACCUUGCAAGGCGUGGACUGCGCCAUCGAGGCUUUCCAGAAGGCGUCUGGUGCCUUCAACUACCUGAAGGAGAACUUCUCCAACGCCCCCAGCCUGGACAUGAGCGCAGCCUCUCUCAACAUGCUGGUGCGCCUGAUGAUCGCCCAGGUGCAGGAGUGCGUCUUCGAGAAGGUCAUCCUUCUCGGAGCCCAGAGCGACUUCCUCGCCUGUCUGCAGCUCGCCCAGGAAGCCGCCAGGGUGGAAGAGGUCUACUCCUUGGUGUAUCAGACAAUGACCCAACCCCACGUGAAGGAUUACGUCCCCUUUUCGUGGACCACGAUGGUGCAUGUCAAAUCCGAGCACUUCAAGGCUCUCUCACACUGCUACGCUGCCAUGGCUCUUUGCGACUGCCCCCCUGCGUCUGACGCGGAUCUCCCGGAGCACGAGAAAGCUUUCCUCCAGUUCCACGUCACGCCGCCACAGGGCCCAGACGUCCGGCUGCUCUUGCAGGACCAAGAAGAGCGAAGGAAGCUGGGCAAGGCUCACCUCAGAAAGGCUAUAAUGAGGCACGAGGAAGCCAUGAGGAUCCACAGCCUGUGCAAGAUCUUGAGGAAGAUGGACAUUCUCCAGGAGGUCCUCUGCUUCGCCCACAAGCGCUCGCUCGGCAAGUACUCGGAGAUCGACCACGAGGAAGACUUCUUCGAGACGGCGGACGCCCCCGACAUCCACCCAAAAACUCACCAGAGGCCGGAAAUCAAAUCUCCCAACUUUUCCAAGGUGAAAGUCACAGAUAUCUUCCAUCGGCUGGGCCCACUGUCGGUUUUCUCCGCCAAGAACAAGUGGCUUCCCCCGAGGACGGUGCGCCUGGUGCGAGGCGAGAACGGUUUUGGGUUCACCCUCCGAGGGGAUUCCCCGGUGCUCAUCGCUGGAGUCAUUGCUGGAGGCUGUGCGGCGGACGCUGGCCUCAAGGAAGGCGACUACAUCGUCUCCAUCAAUGGCAAGGACUGCAAGUGGUCCAAGCAUGCAGAGGUGGUGCAACUCCUUAAGGUGGCUGGGGACGAGGGAGCGGAUGUCGGCGUCAUCACCCUGCAGUAUUCCGAAGGGCAGAGCGUGGUGGACAAGAAGUCUUCAGCGAUGGGUCCUGGCGUUGCUGGAGGGGGCAGCGGCGGCCCCCUGAAAAGCAACAAGGAGAACUGCCGGAAGACCCUGAUGCAGAGCAAAGGCGCCAGCUCCCUCCUGGCGUGGGGCAAACGCAGCAAGCGAAGCAAAAGCAGCAGCAGCAGCAGUUUCAGCCUCCCUUUCUCUGCCAUGGGAGACAACGAACUGGCCUGCUGAGCGGCUCCCACUUCCUGCCCCUGCGCCUUCACUCCCCGGGCGGGAGAAUGAGGCGCUGGGUUCCUGGCAGAGGAUGCCCACCCCACUGGCGUUUCUGGCGGCAGCGGAGUCGAGGAUUCUGCUGAGGCUGGCUUCUGAAAAGCAGGGAAUUCGAACUCAGGGCUAGGAGGGGCUCAGGGCCUCUCCAAAGGCCAGGUGGCAGGGUGAGGGCUGCUGCCUGCAAGCCCCAUCUUCCUGAGGGCAUUUGGCCGCAGGCAAGAGGAUGGAGCCGCCAAGCAGAGCUCUUUCAAAUAACGCACCUUCUAAACAGCCUCCAACGCCAGCAAGUUCAGAGGGACCCAAGAUGCCUGGUUGCAGCUUUCUAGUUUCCUCCUGCCCAAGGCAUUGCUGGAGUCAUAGCGGUGAGCAAGUGGCCAUUUUAGAGUUGCGCCGUGUAAGAGGAGCGUUCGUGUCCGGUCCUUGGAAAACGGUGCCCCGGCUCUGCGUGACCUGGCAUUGCAAACCUCUCUGCGUUUGGGACAAUGCAAUUUUCAACUCACUGCUAGGAAGACCAUGAACAGAUCUAGGAGAUGAGUCAUAGGAACAAAAUGGCUGGUUUUUAGUCCCACCUGUAGCAAAAUGACUCAGUUUAGUUCCACCUGUAGGGAAGCAGCGUAAGGGAGGCAUGUGAGCAAUUAUCAAACCGUUUUUGGAAGCGAAACAUGGAUCACAAGCCACUUGCAAAGGAGAACCAAAACUGUGGUUUGAACUGGCUUUGUAAACUAUGGUUUGUGCUGUGAUCUGGGGCACAUCCUGGUUAUUAUAGGCAUUCCUCUGCAGGAGCCUUCGGACUCACCAAUCUUUCUGGGCUCGUGAACGCAAGAUAGAGGCUAACGGUGCAAUCCUGUAUAUGUUUACUUGGAGGCAUGUUAAUAAUGGCACUUGCUCCCUGAGAUCCACAGCCGGAGGGACUGAGGGAUGCAGUCCCUGGAUCAAAUUCUGCAGCCACCAGCUGCUUACCUCGGUGGCUUAGGCAAGCCUUUCUCUUGCCCCCGGAUCCCACCCACAACUUGGAGAGUCAUACUUGACCUGCCUUACAGGGUCACUUGUAAGGAUUAAU